UGACUGGUGUUUUGAGGUAUUUACACGCAAACUAGUAGAAAAGUUAGAUUACAUCUCCAAAAUUUAUCUGAAAAUAGAUCCCUAGCACUAACCUUCCGUUUGCUUUUCCAUACUGAACUGCUUUUUCAAUCAAGUGUUUAUACUGAGGCAUUUUGGACGCAGCCAAGAGCAGUGAUGGAUUUGUUGUCGCAUCAGUAGGUUUGUACUUAGAAAUGGCUAAAAAGAAAAAUCACAUAGGUUGAGCUACUCCAAGCAAACAGCAAAUCCUUCGAAAAAUCAUCUCUCUCUCUUACAUUCGAAAUCGCCUGUAUCAGCGACGACGGUGGUGAAUUUCUUUAGCUGCUCAAGAGAAGAAGCCAUCGUUCCUGCCUGCAACUUGUAAAUUUCUUUAAAGUUUGUUUGAGUCACGGGAAUGAGGCGGUCAGCGGGUUUAUAAUAAGGAAUUGUUUUGAGCAGCGGUGUUGCAAAUAACAAUAAAAACAAGAUGGCGGACGGAGCGCAGUUAACAAGCGCUGCGGCUACAGGCGACGAAAAGGUGGUGAAGGCGAUUUUGGAUCAAGGAGUGGACGCAAACUCAUUUUCACCAGAAGGCUUCAGACCUCUUUGCAUUGCAGCUUUUUGGGGUUACAGCGGCAUUGUACAACUUUUGCUAGAUCGAGGAGCUGACAUUGAUGCGUGCAACAGAGGCACAAAUUGGACAGCCCUGCACUGUGCAACAUUCCAAGGACAUGGAAAAGUUGUAAUGCUACUAAUGAAUCAUAACCCAGAUCUGACAAUUAGAGACAACCUUAGCAGAUCAGCAAUUGACUUUGCAUCUGCACUUGAUGGGAUAUGGCCAUUUUUUGCAGCUGCAGGAUGUAAAAGGACACCCAAAGCUGAGCUUAUUCAAAUGGAUAUUGUAAAGAAGGUUGAAAUUGGAGAAGAAAAAAUUCCAAACACAGAUAGAGCAUACUUUUCACGCCCUGGUUCAGCAUAUAUUUUCAAGACACCAACACUGCGAGGGGAUAGAACACAGCAUAGCUACCAGCAACAAGCUGCAUUAAACAAUGGUGAUGUCUUGACAGCUAGCGAUUCUUCACCUCGAAGCUCUCGCAUGGAUGGCCCUGCAUUCUCGGUGUGGAGGAGCUGAUAAAUGCUUUUUUAUUGAGAGCUAAAGAAGGAGGGAACUUAAAAAUUUGAGAUGCCUUCUUUUUCAAAUUCAGGGGAAAUUUCUAAGGAAAUAGAGCACAUUGAGGGCAAUCAGUCUUAACUUAUAGUGGUGUUGAAACUUCAAGAAGAACUGCAUCAGAAAUUUUUUCCAAUGAGACAAUAAUCAAUUACAGAUACAGUCACUCAAGAAGAAAUAGAUUGAGAGGGACAAAACACAGUGUGAUCAUAUCUUGCUGAUGGCUGGCUCACAGAACAUAGUCACAUACUCAUACUGACAGCUUUUAAAAUAUAGCAGUGUGGAGGUUUUACAUGGUUAUCUAAUAUGGAUUAAAGUUCAUUGAAACUUUGUCAUGCAUACUUAUGCAACUUAAUUCAUAACAAAAAUCAUUGCUGGAAUACACAGUAGUGAUAUUUUUGAUAGGACUAUAUUUCUAUUUUUUGUGCUAUUAAAAAAUUUUUUUAUGUAGAGUGCAUGCUUGGACAGAUCAAUUGUGCUGCCUUUAAUAUGCAUUCACCUAAAGUUCUGCUUGAUAGAAAGCUGAAUAAUAUUGAGGGAAAUUUCCUCAAAAGUUAACAGUAGAAGUUUUAAAAUUUGCCUUGGAUUACUAACUAAGGCAGUCAAGUUAUUGUUAAGUGCAGGCAAGAGCUCCUGUUUGUUGUAAAUUUGUACAAGUGUUUUUUUUUUGUCAUGUUUCAGAUUGAU